AUGGAUCUUCCAAGUUGCGCGCUGCCGUGUUUCGUCUCGGUUGUUGGUAACUCAACAUGUGCACUGACCGAUACAGCCUGUGUCUGCCGGACUCCCCAGAUCGCAGCGCAGAUCGAGCCAUGCAUUCUCAGCGAAUGCAGUAUCAAAGACGCAUUAACUUCGAAGAAUAUGACCUACGCAACGUGUGAUUAUCCAUUGACCAGCGAAACAGAAGCAUUUGCGAUUGUGGCUAUUGUUGGCAUCAUAGUUGCAAGUACCGCGGUUCUCAUGCGCCUGACAAACCGGGUUUUAGAUAGGAAAAUAGGACUGGAUGAUUAUGUCUUAAUUUUCACUCUGCUCCUGGCUGCUUCAACCUGCGGCAUUGGAAUCGAAAUGUGCAAAAUCGGCCUAGGAAAAGAUAUGUGGACGAUCGCUUUUGAUAACAUCCAACAGAUCCUCAAACUCUUCUUUGUCGACCAAGCGAUAUACUGUGCCUGUAUUGCCACUAUUAAAAUAUCGAUGCUCUGUCUCUACCUUGAUAUCUUCCCAAAUCGUGGUGUGCGUAUUCCAGCAUAUACUAUCUUGGCCGUGACACUUAUCUGGGGGAUUAUAUCGGUGUUUAUCCUCAUAUUCUCAUGUAAACCGGUCAGCUACUACUGGACCCAGUGGGACGGCGAGCAUGUUGGAAAGUGCCUUAACCAGGAUAAACUAUUACUAUCCCACUCGAUUGUGAAUAUUAUCCUGGAUGUUUUGGUUAUAAUCAUCCCGAUGCCGACACUGGCUAAGCUGCAGAUGCCGCUUGAGAAGAAGCUAGGCGUGUGCGCCAUGUUUGCCGUGGGAGCUGCAGUCACGGUCAUCAGCAUCUUCCGACUCGUCAAAACAGUCGGCUUCAACAAAACCGCCAAUCCAACCCGAGACUUCGCCCCCGUCGGCAUGAUAUCCACCGUCGAAUUCGAGGUCGGCAUCGUAUGGGCCUGCAUGCCCGCCAUCCGCUCGCUUAUCAUCCGUACAUACCGUGGGCAGCUCAAGCCACGUCUCGCAUCCCUGUCAGACAGACUCACUCUUUCCGGCUCGACACAGGUCUCGAGUCAGAACAAGUCCAAGAAUAGCUCCAAGAAUGGAAGCAACUGGGGCCGGCAUUCCAGAUCGCAUCACCUCUCGGCGUCGAUAUCCGGAUCCAGAACGCGAACAAAGGGAGGGAGCACAGAUGAAGCUGUGGGACCGUUUAUUCGGCUCGAUGAUGUGGGAACGGCUCCUGGGGAUUACUAUAAUGGCACAGCUGGUGGUGGUGGUGGUGGUGGUGGUGGACCUCGUCCCGGUGGACUUGCUCUAUCUGGCCCAGCUCCUGGGAGUUCUGGUGUUGGGCCUGGACCUGGGCCCACGCCGAGUCCGAGAAGUGGUCUUUUUAAGCGGUAG